AUGUGCACGAUAGGACCCAGCCUCCGCAAGCUUCGCAGGAAGUCAUCGCACUGUCUUUCACACCGCUUGCGUUACGGCCACGCAUAUGCGCUGCCAGACAACCUCCAACCACCCGCAUGCGUUCAAUCUGUGCAGCGCUGCUAUAUCGGCAAGCUGAUCCUGCGUGUCAGCCAUUGCGAGGAGCCCGCAGAGCUUCGCCUUGCGCACUGUUGCACGUACCGUGCAUGAGCUAAGAACAAGGGGCCGUCCGUAAUAAGCUUUCCACUCAUGGCGCUUCCCUUUACCGUAAGCAGAUCGCCGGUUUUCCUUAGCGUCAGCAGGACGAGCAAUUGCAACUGUCAUCUUGCAGUGGUUGCAGGUUACAGACAUUCUAGACAGGACUAACCUUCAAAUGGUUGUCCAUCCUGAUAGACGCCUUGAACGUGGUGCAAACGGCCAGCUGGACAAUCAUGUUAAACAAAGCUCUACCCGGAUGCUGCGUUGCGGACCCACCCACUUGGGUUUCAACAACUGCAGCGAGCCGAAGUGGAGUACAUCACUACCUCAUACAACGGAGAAAGUGGAGGAUGUCAAAGCGAGGCACAAUAUCAUGUGCCAACUUGCUGUACACCUACGUAUCUUAAGGAAGUACAAGUCCUGCACCACGCUGAACAGCAUUCGUGUUGUGAUCGGACAGCUCCUCCUUGCCUUGAUCAUGGUUGAUGAACGACUUUUCUUUCGGAAAGAGGACAGGUCGGCACAUUCUUACUGCGUCGCGCUCGUGUCUACACUGUGGCGCUUGUUAACUCACUCGUCUGCAUUGCUGUUGGUAUUUGCAUCUCUGAGCUCUUGCGAACAACAACUCGUGUUCUGUCACUGCUUGGAUGAUUGGACAACAGAAAAUCGAUGGACAAACUUUCCAUCGGAUCGACCCGCUCGUGUCGUCUGUUUCACACGUGCAGGUCUACGCACCAUCGCCAGCUGAGGUCGAACUCAUAAAACGCCCUUUCUCUCGUAAAUAGUAUAGCAGACGUGAGUAUGAUACAUCGCGACCACACCGCAGCCGUUAUCAACGUUAUCACAAGGCUUGACCGUUACCAGUCAAGAGUCGGCUGGCGCUACCGAACUCCUUACGCUAUUUGCAUCGCCGA